AUGCUCUCAAGACGGGCGCCGGUUGGGUUUGUGUGCUUGAGCUGCCGAUUGACCAACGCUGUUCCUGUAGGCAGCCGGUUUUCUUUGUCGGUUUGUCACAAUGCGCUCAGGCGAUCCUACAGCGAUGCGAUCUCACCCGCCAAGUUUGAACAAGAUCUGAAGAAUCUCACAGACGAUGGCGAAGCGUUUCGGCGAGUCAAUCACAAACAGAAGGGGAAGGGCAAGCGGCAGUCUUUCCACCGUCCCCGUCCUCAACCGGAGGUCUAUCGCUCCAGGGGUCAGCGGGUUCGACCAAAGGCGGAAGCUCUCUCGAUAGACAUCCUGGGAAGACCAGCACAUGCGAUUGUCAUGAAAGACAUUGGCUCAUCGAAGAAUAAAUACAACAUACCGCAGACAGAAGCGGAAAAUGACUCAGAACCGGUCAACCUGUCCGAUGUCCUCAAGCAACAGGCCGGUGUCUCUACUUCAGAUGAGGUGCUUCUGAAUAUUCAUGAGCUACGGCCAAGCCAAUCGAGACCAAUUCCGCAACGAGACUUCGACUCUCUGAGAGAUGUUCUUGUUCAGGGGUUUACAAAGGCGCAGCUAGCAGCCUACAUGGUUCGCCAUCAACCCGAGACCGAGUCCCCGAAAGCUCCCCACAGUUCCAGUGGUGCUCCAUGGGUGUUGGAACAGUGGCCAUGGGUGCCAGAUGCGGCGGUCAUGGGCAAGGUGUCUGACCCAGUACUUGAUGGGUAUUUGCACGCAUCCAUGUCGCCCAAGGAUCAGUUGGCCGUCCGAUUGAUGCGCGAAUGUUGGGCAGUCUCAACACAAGAAGUCGAGAACGGGCAAGGGUACCUUGAUGUCAGGUUGCGAGAUCUCGAGUUUGCUCUCCUACUAAUUGGAAACGGACAACGGCUUGAAGACAUAUCCCAUUCUCUCUUAGCGCCGGGCAAACAAAUCGAAGUCAUCCGGCCCGAGAAGGUUGUCAGGAUUGUGGCCUCGAAGCCAACAGCUGAAGUAAUCCUCGGGGAGAUCAACAACGUCCUCGGCAAGCUGGAGACUCGAUCCAUCGAGGUCAAGCUCCUAUCGCCUGGAUGCCUGUCCCCCUCGUCGCUGGAAGAAGUUGGCAGAAUUACCAAUACUGUAGUUCAGCUCGACGAGCCAAACCAGAAGAUUCUUGUCCAUUGGAUCCCCCCCACCGAGGCGGGCGAUGUCCUUGAGAACCUUGGUGAUGUAGUAUUCCGACUCCUGCUCUCCGCCUCCCGACAUGACUACCAUGCCGCCGGCAAUAUAACUGUGGUCCCCGAGGACGAUGCGAAAGGAGGAAGGUUCCUCGUCGACUACUACAGCAAGAAGAAGUGGUCAUGGAAGGACCGAACCAGCCAGUGGGCACGAUGGGUCAUGGCAACACCACGAGGUGCCAAGCCUACAGGAAACGAGAAACUGGAUAACAUCCUUGCCGCGUUUGAUUCUUCCACGGAGCUAGAGGCUUCUCAACCACGCGAUGAGUCUAGUCUCGCUUCGACAGGCUGGCCAGGGCCCUUGCAGAGAUCAACCCGUGCAGUCUUUGGACACAUCCUCCAUCGAUACCCUCCCAAGCACCCAGGGAAGCUCGACCUCUCCCAAGCGGCGAUAAUCUCCCCGGUCAUCCCCCCGCUCUCCAGCCUCGCCUUCCCCAAGGCCAUCCAACAACCGCAAUCCCACCCCUCCUCCACCAUCCUCAUGCGCUUCCUCCCCGACCCGGAGCAGGACCCCGCCCUCGUCUCCUCCGCCCCACCCCUCGAGCUCCGCCUCGAAGCCUCCGACACAGAGGUGAGCGGCAUCUCCUCCCUGCGCGCCAUCACCCGCGCCACAACCCACGACAUCCUCGUCCCCUCGGGCCCCGUCGACGUCCGCCUCGCCCGCUCCCUCUUCCACGAGCUCCUGGGCCCCGCCAUCGCCGCCGACCCCCGCCACGCCGACCCGCUCCUCGCCUUCCUCGAGGCCGCCGACCUGCGCCCCUCGGCAGGCCGCCUCGUCACCCCCGCCCGCCUGCGCUGCGUCGCCGUCCCAAUCUUCGGCUCGGGCCCCGGCUCGGCGGUGCAGCAGCCGCUCCUCGUCGACUACCUCUUCGCCGGCCUCGAGCUGCGCCGCUCCCUUGCCGCCGAAUACGACGGCUGGCGCCUCAUCUACACGACCGUCGAGGCUGGGCAGGGUGGCGGGCGCCGCGCCGAGCUCGCGCUCGAGGCCGUCCCUGCGUCGGAGGUUGCUGCAGAGGGGACACUGAACAAGCCGCAUGACACGCCCGCGUACCUGGCCGUCUUGGCCAGAAUGGCGCUUGGUGGCGAGUUCCAGUGGUACGGUGACAAUAACUGA